AUGACCAAGAUUCAGUACAUUGUUAUCAUUGUGGUUUUCUUUUUUUUCCAGAUCACCUUCUACGAGGAGAAGAACUUCCAGGGCCGCUCUUAUGAGUGCAUGAAUGACUGCUCUGACAUGUCCUCCUACCUGAGCAGGUGCCAGUCCUGCAGGGUGGAGAGCGGCUGCUUCAUGGUGUACGACCGCACCAACUACAUGGGGAACCAGUACUACAUGAAGAGGGGCGACUACUCCGACUACCAGAACUGGAUGGGCAUGAGCGGCAUCAGGUCUUGCCGUAUGAUCCCCAUGCACAAAGGACAGUUCAGGAUGAAGAUCUACGAGAAUGAGAGCUUCGGCGGUCAGAGUCACGAGAUGAUGGACGACUGUGACAACAUCAUGGACCGUUACCGCAUGAACGACUGCCAGUCCUGCAACGUGAUGGACGGCCACUGGCUGAUGUACGAGCAGCCCCAGUACAGAGGCAAGAUGAUGUACAUGAGGCCCGGAGAGUACAGGAGCUUCAGGGACAUGGGCAUGAGCGGCAUGAGGUUCAUGAGCAUGAGGCGCAUCAAUGAUUCUUGUUAUUAAAGCACAGAUGUAUAGAAGCAAGAUUUUAAAUAAAAUCCAGUGAUUCUC